CAAUCCACCAAAGGUAUCCUCUUCCCCUCCAAUCCCCUUCCAAUCAAUCCAUCCUUAAACCUUCCCUUCCCCAAUCUCUCAACUCCAAUUUCCCCCUCAAAACCCCAAAAUUCUCCCAAUAAAAAAUUCUUCAAAAUAGCUAUUUAUUCCUAAAAUUCCAAAAUUGUUAACAUAUUUUCAAAUUUUAUUUUUUGAAUGUCUAACCUGAGUGAAUGUAGGUGGUAGGUUUAGUGGAAGAAGGCAAGAAGAUAUUUUGAAGAGUGCACAGAGUAUAAUAGAAGAUCCAAGCGAAAGUGCUUUAAUCUCUUCUCCAAAAAGCCAAAGGAAGACUCUCAUUCAUACCGUACAAUCAGGUAAAACAAACCAGAAGAAACAUGAAGAGUCUAAAUCAGAAAGUAGAGAAGUUGUCAACCAGGAUAAUGAAUUUGCCUGCAUACCCGAUGGCAGUAGUAGACAAUCUGAGUUUGGAACUUCUAUUAUCUCUGGAGAAUCCCAGUUCAGUUCUGAAGAAGAAAAGGAAGAGUACAAGCAAUCUGACGGAAAUUUGCAUGAUUAUAAAGGCAAUAGUAAAAAUUAAUUCAAACGCCACAGCUGAGGAAUUGAUUAGAGACUUGAUUAAAAAUAUCACAAAAUUUCAAAAAUCUAACACUUUGAAAAGCGGAGCAAAGAGCUUAAUUCAAGAAAUGGUCGCAAAGGUGAUCAACGAAGUCAUUGACAAGGAUCUUAAAUAAAUUAAGGACUACUGACAGAAGCCAGUUUGUUAAACCAGAUGAGUCUUUGAUAUUUAAGUCUUUUUGGAAUGACCUUAUAUCUACUGACUAUGACCUCAUCUGCGAGAUUUAUUCUACAUUCUCAUUAAAAUAAGCAAAACCUCCAACUUCUCCAAGAACAAAGUAAAAUGACUGAUCAGGCUGAGGAAAGUAAGAACAGACUAGAGGAGAUGGAAAAGGAGGUUAAGGAGGAGAAUGAGAGAGUGAAAGAGAAGUUAAAGGGAUUGGAACAGAUUUUUGGGAUGAAUGAAGUUAAGAAUGGAACUAUUUCUUUUGUCUCAGGGUCGGUAAAUAAGGGUCAUGAAACAUCUUCUGAAGAACUUUUUGCAGUUUUUGAUGAUAAUAAGGGUAAAAUUAUGAAACUUAGAAGUAUUAUUAUGAAAAAAUUUAUCAAGGAAGCAUCUACUGAUUUGAUAUCACAAAAUAAAUUCAGGGAUGAGCUUAAUCCCACAUUUCAAAAGAUAUUUGAAAAUCAUAAGGAAGGCUUGAAAAUUCUGCUAGAGCAAGCUAUCCAAAUUCAAGAAAGAAUGAAUGUAAAGAAUGAUCCAACCUUGACUAAAGGUUCGAACAUUGUUGAUGGAUCACUUGAUAAAAAUUUAAAAAGCUUAUCAUCCUCUGAAUCAAGUAACUACAGCAACAUUAAUUCGAAUAAAAGUAAUGAUGAGAACAUAAAGCUUAUCAGGAAAACGAAGGAUCAUUUAGAGCAGAUAAAUAAAAAGAAUGAAGUACUAGAAAGCAAGAUUCAGAUUACUGAGACAAAGCAUGCCCAAGAGAUGGAGCAACUCAAAUAAUCAAUUGCAACAAAGUUUAAAUGAGAAUAAGGCUCUUGUCGCAAGAAAUAAAGAGCUAGAGCUAGACUCCCAGAAUUUCCAAAAACUCCAAAAAGAAGAACAAGCAUUAAGAUCCGCUCUAAAAUCAGCAAAUACAGAUUAUCAAAAAGCUCAAUCAGAGCUUAAGAAUAAGAAUGAUGAACUAGCCACUAAACUUAAGAACCAGAAGAAUGAGUCUGAUCUAAAAAUAGCCAAACUAACUACAGAAAAUUCAAAACUUUCAGAAGAGAAUAAAGAUCUCAAUAAUUUAAACAAGAAACUACAAGAAGAGAAAGAGACUCUUCUUGCUUCGAACAAAAGUAUGAAAUACUCAGACGCCAAAAUGAAAGAUUUAGAGGAACAAACUCUUCUUCACAAACAAAAAUUUGAUGAAUUACAAGAAGAAUAUAACAAGCUACAGAAGCAAAAUGAAGCCCAAGAGCAAGAACUUAAUAACCUGAAGAAAGACAAGGAGAAAUUACAAGGUGAGAAUAAAGAAGCACAAUGUAAAGUAGCAGAGCUUGAAGGGCUGGUAAGGAAGAAGGAUGAUGCCUUGGAAAAGAAGGAUAAGGAGAUCCUUAGCGAACAAAAUAAGGUUAGAGAGCUGACAAGAAAGUGUGGAAAGGCUGAAUCUGAGAAGGAAAGAUUAACGAAAGAAUUAAAUAAGAGCCAAGAAAAGAAAAAGGAAUUUAUUAAGAAAUCGGAAGAACUCACCGUUACAGUCAAUAAAUCUCAGGACUCAAUCAAGAAGCUUGAAGAACAAAAUAAAUCUCAAAGGGAGACAAUUGGGCAUCUUGAAUCCACUAAUGAGCAAAAAGACAAAGAAAAUGCUAGUUUGAAGAAACAAGUCAAUAAACUUGAGGAUACAAAAUCUAAAAUGAAAAUUUUGAAAGAAAAGUUAAAAGACAAAGAGAAAGAAAUAUCAGAUCUUGCUCAGAAAUCUCAAGCAUAUUCAGUGUCUUGUAUAAAGAGGCAUGAAAAGAUAAAACAGCUGAAGGAAAAGAAAAAGAAACAAUCACAGAAAAUCAACAAUCUCGAGUCCAAGAAUCAACAAUUGAAGCAAAAGAUUACCACCUCCUCUUUCCACCUGCACACCUACAAAUCCCAACAAGUCCAAGUCCACUCAGAAAUGCAGUCACUAAAAUCUACCCUUAACUCCUUGCUCACAGAGCACGGACUGCUCCAGAACAACUUACUUGAACAGUAA